AUGGCUGCAAAGACAGCACCAGAAAUAAUUCCAUUCUUAGACAUUAGAGUGUUGGAUUCGGUGAGGAAGAGUAGUUUCCGAGUCCGACAACUUACACAGUUCCCAGUCGUUAAAACCAUUGGGCAAAUGCGAAAGGAAUUAAUUGAACGUUUGCCUGACGUAAAGAACGUGGAAACUUGCCAGCUUGGUUAUGUGCUGGAGAGGAAUAAAAAAUAUUCCAUUGGUUCUGAUGAUGAACUGCAGAAAGCAUUCGGUCAUUUUCGUGCAGGUUAUCAAAUGUGGUUGGAUCCAGCUUCGUUGACGCAAAAUUUGAUACCAGCCAAAACGUCGACUGGUAAAUCUGCCCAAUCAGAAAAGCCAACAUCUUCAAAGGAAUCCAUAAUUCAAUCCGAAAUUGAACAAUUGCAGAAGAUGCACGGCGACUCGCAUCCUGCCUACAAGUAUCGACUGUGGGCUGAAAUGAUCAUAGUUGGAACAGCAAAUAGACAAUAUGUACCCGAUGUCCCGAUGUUUCACGCGACACCAGCGAAACGGCCGCGAAGAGAAACUUGGUCAGACAAGCUAGGCUCUGCAAGCGAAACAAUUGCUCGUGCAAUCACGGCAGGGCAAAAUGCUGCAAAGCAAAAUGAUGAACAUGUAAACCAGCCGGGUCAAUCUACCGCUUCAGGGUCAACCGAUGCGUCUAAAGCUAUCAUUCGCACACAAAUUUUGAAACAAAUCAAGGAGUUGUAUGAAUUGAAGACAAUUGGGGCCAUUACCGAUGAUGAAUACAAUUCCAAAAAAUAUAUAUUGCUAAAAGAUCUGAAUUAG